UUUUGUAAAUUUUUGUUUCUUUUUUUGGUUUCUGAAAGAACAGAUGUCAACAUCAUCAAAUAAUAAUUCUCUGCAUAGGUAUAGAAUAGCCUAUCAUUCAUUAAACAAUCCAAACAGUCCAACCAACUACACAAACAAUUAUUUUGCCAGCAUUUAUCUUCAUUUUCAAUUUUUGGAACGAAAAUGGCGCUCGCUUCUUUUGGUUUCAAUCUUUUCAAUUUUGUUUAUUUUCUUCUAUUUGACAUUUUCUUCGUUUAAUAAUACAUUUAUUUCUUCAAAUUUAACUUUUAUAGUUUCUGAUAUUGAAGAAAUUAUAUCUACAACGGCAACCACUAUAAGAACACCAAUACCCAAAAUAGAAAGACUACCCAAAAUUAAAUCACUUGAAGAACAUGAAGAACAACCUUCCAAUUCUUCACAAUUGUUAGAUGUACCUUUAUCUAAUGUCUCUAUGAUUUUAAGAAAUACCUCAGAACCUUUGGAUCUAAUCUCUUCAUCAAUAUUUUCAAAGCCUUCAAAUUCUGGAUUGUCUCUAUGUCCAAAUCCUCCACCUUUUUUGGUCGGCCCAAUACCUACAUGGAUGGAUGGACCAACAAUGAAUACAUUGGAACAACUAUAUUCCAAAAAUGUGGAAAUUGGAGGGCAUGGAGUCCCUAAAGAAUGUAUUUCUAGACAUAGGGUUGCUAUUAUUGUGCCUUACAGAGAUAGAGAACAACAUCUCCGCAUUUUUUUGCACAAUAUGCACUCAAUAUUACAAAAACAACAAAUAGAUUAUGGCAUCUUUAUUAUUGAACAAGUAGCUGGACAAACAUUUAAUAGAGGUAAAUUAAUGAAUGUUGGCUUUGUAGAGGCUAAUCGUUAUUAUGACUGGCAAUGUUUUAUUUUCCACGAUGUUGAUUUAAUUCCAGAAGAUGACAGAAAUUUGUAUAAUUGUCCUCAACAACCAAGACAUAUGUCUGUUGCUGUAGAUAAAUUUAAUUAUAGAUUGCCCUAUUAUUCACUUUUUGGAGGUGCUGGUGCUUUAACUAAAAAACAAAUGACUAAAACAAAUGGAUUUUCUAAUGACUAUUGGGGAUGGGGAGGUGAAGAUGAUGAUUUUUCUGCAAGAAUUUCAUAUGCUGGUUAUACAAUAAGUAGAUAUCCAUCAACUAUAGCCAAAUAUAAAAUGAUAAAACAUUUAAAAGAAGCAUCAAAUCCAAUAAAUUUGUGUCGACAUAUAUUAAUGAAAGCAACAAAAAAAAGAUGGAAAAAUGACGGUUUAAUUAAUUUAAAUUAUAAAUUAAUUUCUACAAAAUUUAAUUUAUUAUAUACAAAUGUAACAGUUAAUUUAUUAGAAGAAGAAUCGAGAAGAAUAUUGACUUUGCAAAAUUUGGGUGAAGGUUGUUGA